AUGGCAGCAGUGCCCGCACAACAGCCGGCAUGGCUGCGGCUGUCCGCGGCCGAGCUGGCGGAGAAGGGCAUCGCGCCCGUGAAGCACGAACACAUGGCCUUUGACGUCCAGCAGCCCGGCGCCGCCGAAGAGAAGCCAAAGAGUCAGGGCGAGGCGCAAGAUGGCACGACCCCCUCGCCGGCCUCCGAUCAACGGCCAGCGGCCGCAGCGAAGGGCAACGGCGCGGAACAAGCGCAUGCGGCAGGGAAGGUGGAGAAGAAGUCGAAGCGCCAGAUGAUCAAGGAGCGCAAGGAGAGGCAGCAGAAGGACAGGUCUGGCCUGUGCGUUAACUUCGCCAAGGGGAUCUGCACGUUCGGGACCGCGUGCCGGUGGAGCCACGACGUCAAGGAGUACCUCGCGAACAAGGCGCCCGACCUCCCCGGCGACUGCCCGUUCGCCAACACGCACGAACGUUGUCCGUACGGUUUCAUGUGCCGCUGGUCCGCUGCGCACCCGCCGGCGCAGUCGGCCGACCCGAACGCCGCGGAGGCGCCCCGGCACGAAGCUGCGCCGCCGCAGGCCCUUGAGCCGAAGAUCAGGGGCGCUGCCGUCGAGAACGACGGCUCGCUGCCCAGCCACGUGCCUGUGCCGCUGCCGCCGUUGUCGGAGAAGGGCAGUAGCGUCAACGAGCUGCACAAGGACCUCCAGACGCAGCUCCGCAAGAACCAGUACGACUUCUCCCGCGCGGACGCGGUCCUGGACGACCUCGGCGUCAAGGUCAAGCUACGCGGCAAGCAACAGAAGCCCAAGCCCCCUCAGGCGCCGAAGCCGGCCGAGGACGCCGCCGGCGGCGACGCUGAGCAGCCCGCGAAGCGCGCGAAGACGGACGCCGCGCCUGACUCCGGCGGCGAUGGCGUCGUCAAGCUCUUCGACGUCAGCCGCGCGUCAGAGGGCAAUGGCGCGUAUCGCGUCGGCGCUGGGCGCGCCGCGGAGCGCAAGCCGAUCGACUGGAACGGGAAACUCGUGCUUGCGCCGCUGACGACGACGGGCAACCUGCCGUUCCGGCGGCUGUGCAAGACGUUCGGCGCAGACAUCACGGUGGGCGAGAUGGCGCUGGCGACGUGCAUCUUGCAGGGGCACUCGUCGGAGUGGGCGCUCAUGCGGCGGCACUCGAGCGAGGACAUCUUCGGCGUGCAGAUCUGCGGGGGGUUCCCGGACGCCCUCGCGCGCUGCGCGCAGCUCAUCGAGGACAACAUCGAUUGCGAUUUCGUGGACAUCAAUUGCGGGUGUCCUAUAGACCUCGUGUGCAACAAGGGCGCCGGAUCCUCGCUCCUCCGCGAGACGAGCAGGCUCGAGAAGGUCGUCCGCGCCGCGAGCUCCGUGCUCACGUCGCGCCCGCUGACGGUGAAGGUGCGCGCGGGGUACUACGGAGCGCACCCCAGCGACGCGUCAGCGCGCAACGUCGCGCACGAGCUGGUGCGCAAGGUCGGCGAGUGGGGCGCGAGCGCGAUGACCAUCCACGGGCGCACGCGGCAGCAGCGGUACGCCAAGCUCGCGGACUGGGACUACAUCGCACAGUGUGCGCGGGCCGACGGCGCGGUGCCGGUGAUCGGCAACGGCGACAUCUACUCGUGGCAGGAGCACCGCGAGCGCACGAGCGCGGACCGCGGCGUCACGGCGACGAUGCUCGCGCGCGGGGCGCUGAUCAAGCCGUGGCUGUUUACGGAGAUCAAGGAAGAAAGGGACUGGGAUAUCUCCGCGAGCGAGCGUUUAGAUAUGAUUCGGGACUACGCGCGGUUCGGGCUCGACCACUGGGGCUCGGACAGCCGCGGCGUGGAGACCACGCGGCGGUUCCUGCUCGAGUGGUUGUCAUACCUGCACCGGUACAUUCCAGUCGGGCUGCUCGAGGUUCUGCCGGCGCGGAUGCACUGGCGGCCGCCGCCGCGCAUCGUCGGGCGGUCGCAGCUCGAGACGCUGCUGUCGAGCGACGACCCGCGCGACUGGAUUCGGAUCUCGGAGAUGUUCUUGGGCCCGGCACCGCAGGGGUUCCAGUUCACGCCCAAGCACAAGAGCACGUCGUACGCGACGGACGUCGGCUACGGGUCGAUGGCCGCGGCGGUGCCGACCGGCAACAACGGCGGCAACGAGGACGAGGAGAACGGGUGA